UUCUCUUCCGCCCGAAGAAGUAGUCCCGCAGCCUAACCUUUCUGCCACCUCCCCCCGCCGUUUCACAAGUGCAAUCCUCCUCUUUUCCGCACCUCGCCCCUUCCUGAGCCUGGGGCUGGCUGAUCAACUGACAGAAGAGCAGAUUGCAGAAUUCAAAGAAGCCUUUUCACUAUUUGACAAGGAUGGUGAUGGUACUAUAACUACAAAGGAGUUGGGGACAGUGAUGAGAUCGCUUGGUCAAAACCCCACAGAAGCAGAGCUACAGGAUAUGAUCAAUGAAGUAGAUGCUGAUGGCAAUGGCACAAUUGACUUCCCAGAGUUUCUGACAAUGAUGGCAAGAAAAAUGAAAGAUACAGAUAGUGAAGAAGAAAUUAGAGAAGCGUUCCGUGUGUUUGACAAGGAUGGUAAUGGUUACAUUAGUGCUGCAGAGCUCCGUCAUGUGAUGACAAAUCUUGGGGAGAAGCUAACAGAUGAAGAAGUUGAUGAAAUGAUUAGGGAAGCAGACAUUGAUGGUGACGGUCAAGUAAACUAUGAAGAGUUUGUACAAAUGAUGACAGCGAAGUGAAGAUGUUGUACAGAAUGUGUUAAAAUUUCUUGUACAAAAUUGUUUAUUUGCCUUUUCUCUGUUUGUAACUUAUCUGUAAAAGGUUUUUCCCUUACUGUCAAAAGAAUAUGCAUGUAUAGUAAUUAGAAGGCCAUUCCUCCAUGUUUUUUCUCCUUUAUCUUACUGUCAUUGUUCUGAUUUUUGGAAAAUUGAUCUAAGUAACAAAUGUUGCAUGUGGCUUACUCUGGAUAUUUUAAGCCCUUCUGCACAUCUAAAGUUAAAUGGAGUUGGUUAAGGGAACAUCUGGAUUGUCUAUUUAAAAAAAAGGCUUUCUUUAGAAUACUUAGGUAUGAGUAGUGUAACAAGUUACAUAAAGUAAGCUAGGGUUUACUAUGCAUUAGCAGUUCCUUAAAGUGACAUGCUGGCUCUUGUACUCCAGUACAUGAAGGAGUUUAUUCUGCUUUCUGUGAUGGAGGAUAAGGACUUUUACAGCUAACUGCAGGAUAAAAGUAUGUGAAUAGUAUAUAUGUACAUGUGGCUAAUGCACUGUAAAAAUCAUUGUCCUACCUUACUUCUCAGUAACUUGUGGCCAUACCUGUAACAUGUUGUUGAAAUGUGGAGUCUUAACAUUGUGGACGAUUGACAGUCAACAAUAUGAAACUUAAGUUGCACUAACGCAAAACGGGUGAUUUUAUCCAGGUACUCGUACACAGGUUUUUUUUUUGUACUGCUGGUCCUGUACCAGAAAACAUUUUAUCCUCUUAUCCUCUUGUUACUAUGCUUUUUAAACUUUGUUUAGCCACUUAUUUUCAGAAAAUCUGCUUAUGGCACGAUUUGCCUCAAAUCCAUUCCAAGUUGUAUAUUUGUUUUCCAAUAAAAAAAUUACAAUUUACCCAUACUGUUUCAAUGUAUCCUUGAAUUAUUUACAGGAAUUGUUCAAUACAGUUGCUGCUCUAUGUUUCAGUAUGUAGCAGUUUGGUUUGCUUAUGCAAUGGAUUGGCUGUCUUAAAAUAGCUUGGAAGGUGAAAACUUAGUCCUUAAACUCUGGCCCUUACUAGUAUUGUUGACUUGAAGAAGCUUUCUUAAUAGUAGUUUAAAAUGUAUUUUACAGUCUUGUGUGGAGCUUGGUGCUUCAAUAAACUUACCGUAGUGACUGGCUAUGCCCACUAUCUGUAGACAUUGUGAACUGGAUGUUGACCUAGUUCAA